AUGACAGGUACUCCGCUUGACGAUCUGUUCAUAUUCUCCUUCCCUCCCUCUCCUGGCAUGAGGCGCUUGGUUCGCUAUCAUAGCACCGGCUCGUUAUAUCCUAUCUCUACCGGGGACUGGAGCAAACAGACUGGGACCAGUUCCCUGCACUCCCAGACAGCACGCUCGCCGUCUCGCGUACCCGCAAUCCAGGAUAGCAUCGACCCCGUCCCGCCUGUGUCGGAACCCAAGAUUCCCACGGGGGCAGUGACCACGCUGAGCAGCGGUCUGGGCCACAAAUCCACCGGGCCUGUUUAUUCUAACCCCACCGAACCAAAAUGUGAUCUUUAUCUGGACGGAGCUGGUGGAUUGCGCCGCCAGUUGCUUAGACCGUCCACAAAUGCCAUGUGUGAUGCGAUCAUGGCGUUUGCCAAUCUGAUAGAGCAACCACACAAUGACACGGAAAAUGAUGAGGCGGCCAAUCAGGCGUUGAAUGCUAUGACCUAUCCAAGCAGUCAGAAUGCCUACCACCUGGACAUUGAGCGUUUGGUUCGUGGU